CAAAGCGUUGGUGUGUUUUUUACGCUAAGAUAUCUACGUCACAAAAUAAGUGAGCUAAUAAUGUUAUUUAAAAUAUGUAUUUAUAUAUAUUCUGAUUAAAGCAGAAGACUGGAUAGAAAAUGAAAUCGCAUUCUAAAUGGCUUGCAAAAUUAUUUGCGAGUCUUUGUAGCAGUCUACUAUUCUCUGCCGUUGUAUGCUCAGCUUCGAAAGAAUCUCCAAAAAUUCAGCCAUUUCAGUUUCCAAAGCACAUACAAAUAGGAGAUAAAACAAGUGUUCAGUGUUUGAUAAUGCGGGGACACUCACCUGUUUCUUACAAGUGGUACAAAAAUGGUCAUUCACUAAAAGAAACCAAGGGAAUAAGCGUUGAAUCUAAUGAGAAAUUUUCUACUCUUCUCCUUGAUCCUGUUGAAGAAGCGUCUGUAGGAAAUUACACAUGUUCUGUGAACAGUCCCUAUGGAAGUGACAAUUAUUCUGCUUUCCUCUCCGUUAAAGGUAAGUAA